CUGUAAUGUUACUUAGGAGGUACUAAUACCGGCUGUAAUGUUACUCGGGAUGUAUUAGUACCGCUGUAAUGCUACUCGGGAGGUAUUAAUACUGACUGUAAUGUUACUCAGGAGAUACUAACACUGGCUGUUAUGUUACUCAGGAGGUACUAAUACCAGCUGGAAUGUUACUCAGGAGGUACUAAUACCAGCUGGAAUGUUACUCAGGAGGUACUAAUACCAACUGUAAUGUUAAUCAGGAGGUAUUAAUACCGGCUGCAGUGUUACUCGGGAAGUGCUAAUACCGGCUAUAAUGCUACUUAGGAGAUACUUAUACUGGCUGUAAUGUUACUCAGGAGGUACUAAUACCGACUGUAAUGUUACUUAGGAGGUACUGAUACCAACAGUAAUGUUACUCAGGAGGUACUAAUACUGGCUGUAAUGUUACUCAGGAGGUACUAAUACCAACUGUAAUGUUACUCAGGAAGUACUAAUACCGGCUGUAAUGUUACUCAGGCUGUACUAAUACUGUCUGUAAUGUUACUCAGAAAGUACUAAUACUGGUUUUAAUAUUAUUCAGUAGGUACUAAAACCGGUUGUAUUCCGAUCAGUAGUUGUUAGUUCUGGCUCUUUGCUCAGUUUAUAUUCGCUUUGCUUAAACCCACUCUUUCCUACAUUGUUUAUAAUCUCUGUGUUAAAGACCACUUGCUUUUUAUGUUAAAAUGUCUUUGUUUUUUGUUUUUCUUCCCAUUUUGUCUUGCUUGCACAUCCCCAAACAGGUUAACGAGGUAAGAUCGCAGAUAAUCAUUCACAGCUCGCGUACAUUUGUUCAUUACUCCAUCUCUCCAUCUGCAUCCAUUACUGCAAAAACCUCUGUAUGCUUACUCCGUGCAUCAUCCAUGCACCUCCUAAUUGUCUCAUUUCUCCAUCCAUGCACCCCAUGACUGUCAUACUUCUCUACCUCUAUCCCUGCACCCCCUAAUUGUCUCAUUUCUACAUCAAUGCACCCCCUAAUUGUCUCAUUUCUCUAUCCAUGCAUCCCGAUUGUCCCGUUUCUCCAUCCAUGCACACCAUGACUGUCCCAUUUCUACAUCCAUGCACACCAUGACUGUCCCAUUUCUCUACCUCCAUCCAUGCACCCUCUGAUUGUCCCAUUUCUCCAUUCAUGCACACCAUGACUGUCCCAUUUCUCUACCUCUAUCAAUGCAACCCCAUGACUGUCUGAUUGUCUCAUUUCUCCAUCUAUGCACCCCAUGACUGUCCCAUUUCUCCAUCUAUGCUUUUCUUGAAUGAGUUCAUUCUCUUCCUGGAUGCAUCCAUUUCAGCAGGUUAACUACAUAGCAACACUCAAGGACACAUAAAAAAUCCAUAUUUCUAACCAUAGGCUUGGAAACCUGAUUUCAUUUUAUCUGUCCAGUAAACGAACAUGUCCUUUCUCUGGAUUCAGCAAAUCUACAUCUUCAAAUCUUUUCUUUCAGCUGCGAAGUUCCUUCAAACAAGCUUUUGGCAAAAAGAAAUCUCCCAAGUCUGCCUCGUCUCAUUCUGAUAUUGAGGAGAUGACCGAUUCUUCCCUUCCCUCUUCUCCAAAGCUACCCCAUAAUGGCCCAGGGCUAUCCACCCCUCUUAUGAGAGGCUCUCUCUCUGGCUCUCUGUAAGUCAAUAAUAAAGAUUUCUGUUGUGCUUUUCUUAUGCCUGUGUCGGUGUUUAGAUCAGUCUACAUCAGUCUGUACAACUUUCAUGAGAGAAAUGCAUCUCCAACAAAUCAUUUCUAUACAGGGAUAUUGUUGUAACAAAAAGGCAAUCAUUCCAGGUUUUAGGGGGAGAGAAGGGCUGGGCUAAUAGGGUAUUGCUAGGUCUUGUAAUUAAUAGAUAACAAGGUUAUUGAAACACCCCCUGCCCUAGCAAUACUAAUUAUAAGCAACAUGUACCUUUAAUCUAUAAUAUCUUAAUACACUCUUCAGAUCACCAUAUAAUAUUCUGUAAUACUGUGAUUUCUUUAAAUUGUUCUGCAAAGUGAAUGCACUCAGAACAUAUCUCACUGCACCACCGUAAACUGAAACACGUAGGUACUGAGAUGAAUUUCUUGUUUAGUCUGUCUUUUUCAUAUUGCACUAAAAAAACCCUGGAUGAACUCUUAAUAGCCUUGGUUGUUAUAUUUAGCUUUGUGGAAAAUCACCAACUGGAAUAAAAAUAAUGUGUAAGCCUGUGUAUGUGAAAUCGCUCCAGCAUGCCACCUGAUGGCUCUGCUUGGAAAUAACAGCUAUAUAAAUCGUUAAAGGGUUAAUCCAACUACCAUGACCACUUCAGUGAUUUGCAGUGGUCAUGGUGCCUGGAGGUGAAAUUCCAAGUUAUUUUUUUUAAUUGUGUGCCGGUGUUAGUUCCACCUGACUUAAACCCAGCACUGUUCCGGACUGCCUCAUGUCAAUUCUGUGCAUAUUUCACAUCUGACAGUCAGCACGCACUGCACAGGUGCUCUGUCUGCAAGGGAAAGACUGCUACCCUCUUCCUGACUCUUACUAUGUGCUCCCUCCGUUGGUGAUAUGCAGCAAUAAAUAUAUAGCCUGUGCAUUCAUGUCUGUCUUUUCUGUUCAGAAUCUCAGAUUGUGCAGAGAAUGAGGCCGAAAGUGUUCUGCAGCUGCGCAAUGAGCUAAGAGACAAGGAAAUGAAACUGACUGAUAUCCGCCUGGAAGCUCUGAGCUCAGCACACCAACUGGACCAGCUCCGAGAGGCCAUGAACAGAAUGCAGGUAACAACAUCCAGACUCCAGUCUGGUUAACUGGCUUAAUGUUUCCCUUUGGAUUCAAUUUGCCAGAGUUUGUUGUCCUGUGUAGUUUCUCUGUAUUUGCUAGUAUAUGCCAAUCAUGCUAGCUGCAACAAGGAUAUAUUUAAUUCUGAAGUUAGCAAAUCAUAUCUGCAAAUGAUGCUAAAGAUUUUGUUUUAUUUAGAGUGAAAUUGAGAAACUCAAAGCAGAGAACGAUCGCUUGAAGGCAGAAAACUCAGGAAAGUCUCAGUCUCAAAUUUCCAUUUCAUCUUCCCCAAGACAAUCCGUGGUCCAACCCCAGCACAGCGUCAGUCUGACAGAGUCUUCCAGUCUGGGUAAGGUCCUGGUGACUAUAUCAUUACUAAUCUGACCAUGAAUCAGGCGUUAGGGAGUUCUAUGUUUAGUAAAUAACAUUUAAACCAUAUGAUCAUCAAAAAUGUCAUCAUUUGAUAACGAUAUUUCAAACAUAUCAUUUAAUUGAAUUAUGUUGGACAUUAGUGAUUUCCCAAACGGUUCGCGAACGGUUCGUUGCAGACUCAUCAUUGAGUGAACUUUUACCCUGUACCUCACAGUCAGCAGACACAUUCCAGCCAAUCAGCAGCAGACCCUGCCACCUCCUGGACAGCAUCCAUUUUACAUUCAUUGUGAAGCUGCAUUCUUAGUGAGCUGUCCAGGAGGUGGGAGGGUCUGGGAAGGAGGGUCUGCUGCUGAUUGGCUGGAAUGUGACUGCUGACUGUGAGGUACAGGGUCAAAGUUUACUCAAUGAUGAGUCCGUGGCGAAGCGUUCGGGACAUCACUAUUGGACAUCUUAAAUUGUUUUAGUUAAAAAAAAAAAAAAAAUCGUUUUUUUAAUCUGAUGACUGUGUAUGACUCGGGCAACUAAAACAAUAAAAAAACGCUGCCUUUAGCUGUGAUAUAAAGAGGUUAAACAGUAAAUCAUACUCAGACCUCAGUUUGCUAAAAAUUAUGUAAAUCCUGCUAUUCUAUCGAGAUAAUAUUUUACAAAGAAAUGUGCCAACCAUAUCAUGCACCAGAGGAUUCUGGGUACAUGCAAGGCAAAGAGAUCAUGGGAGGGAUUAUGGAUGGUGUAAUGGUAUGGCAUUGUCAGGGUGAGCUCCGAUACUGACUCUGUCUGUUAUUCUUGCAGACAUGCUUCUGGAAGAUGCCUCUGAUGGGACGUUAAGAAAGGAGAGCAGACAUGUCAAGAUCGUGGUCAGCUUCUUAGAGGAAAUGAAAUGGAGGGAGAUGAGUGUGAGUAUGCUGUGUGUAACUCAUACUUGGCACUAGACUGAGUGUAAAACUUGCAAUGACCCCCUCCUCCCCCCCCAAUCUCAGACUCUUUGCUAUAAUAAAGGGAUACAUUGUAACAGUCUCCCUCUUCCUAGGACUGCCGCCAGCGCAUGUUCCUUAUCGGUUGCAUUGGCGUCGGGGGCAAAACCAAGUGGGAUGUUUUGGAUGGAGUCGUGAGAAGAUUGUUCAAGGUAAAUAAUAUGUCCCAUAUGGUAGGAACAUCACCUGGUGUGGAGAUUUGGGGAAAUGUAAAUGUUCUCCGUUAUGUGUUUCAUAUCUGUAAACUGAAAGCAGUCAAUCAAAAUAAUAUCCAAAGAGGAAAAGAAAUUAUAUGUUGGAUAGAAAUGAUAGAUCCUAAAUCGGCCCAUUUCCAUAACACAUGGACCCAAGCCUGCUUCCCAGGAUUCAAAGUUAUCAAUAUGUAA